CUAUGAAAAUUGUAGUUUUAUAGUACCAUUAUCUCUAAAAAUGGCUUAUAAAGCACAUUUAGAUAUGGAAAUACGAAAAUUGAGACCCGCUGAGUUAUAUACUUUAGGAAAUAUAUUGAGCAUUUCUGAUUCGUGGAAAAAAUUAAUGUCCAUUGUACUUAAACAAGGAAAUGUUCCUAAAUUUAGUAGUGAUCAUAUCAGCAUCAUCGAACAUACAGCAAAUAGUGAUAAACGCAAUGCAGCUCAAAUAUUUUUGGAUGAGUGGAGUACUAUGGACAGAAAGAGACCAACAUUAAAAUUGUUACAAGAACUUCUUAUAAAAGCAGAGUUAUUUAGAGCUGCUGAUUAUGUGGCAUGUGAUAUAUUAAAACAGGAAAGACCAAAGAGGCCAGAUUGCGGUCCAGCUCAUUCUAUUGAUACAAGUGAUACAGUCAUAAAUAAACUACUAGAUAAUCAAAUGCUUCCACUGGAUACAUUUGUUAAUCGUGUGCCAUUAAAGCCAACAUCAGAGCUAAUUUCGGAAAUUAAUAGAAUAGACUCCUCCGAAAAAAUGCCUGCAAUUGUACAGACAAUGGAAAAUUAUAAAUGUGAGGAAUUAUUAUCUGAAGAACUGCCAGUAGUUCUGAAUAACUAUAAAUAACACUUGU